AUGGCCAAUUCAACAUCGCCGCCUAGGCCAUCGCCGCCUAAGCCAGCCGUUGACGAAAAAUCAUAUUAUGGCUACCUCUAUCAAGAUGACAAAGCCCCGACACCCAUAUUCAGUGCUCUUCUGCGGUCGCUGGCUCAAUACGUUAUCGACAAUAUCGGCGAUAGGGAAGAGAAGGCGCUGAACCCGAAGAAGCUUGCUGCCUUUUACUCGACUGCAGGAGUCGACUAUGACGAAAGCGGCCACGAGUCAAUCUCUUUCAUAUGGCAGGUGACCGGUUGCCAGCAUAAUCUCAGCCAACCCAUUGACAACGAUUUCGCCGCUCCCACAAUCCCGACCCUGACUACCAAAGGAUUUCAGCGUUGGCAAUCGGUUGAGACGCUCCUGUGUCCAGGCGUCCAUGUGCCCUUGUUGCAGUAUGCUGUCAAGAACUGGAAGCUUAAGAACCCGGAUACUGGCGAGGAGUUUCCGCCAGACUUGCCGGCAGAAGCUCUGCCGUCUGAACCAGAUGCACAAAUCGAAGCGUGGCACAACCGGUGCGCCAACAAACUGCGCCGUGAGGCUGAGUCCCCGAAAAUGGAGGAACCAACCUCUCCCGAUGUGCACUUCAAGGAAGGAGCAUACAACUACACUCGCCCUUUUGCAACCCGCGCCAGUGCUGCUUCUUCGUCAACAUCACCACCUCAUACGCCGCGGCAUCCGAGCCCUCCGCUGAGUCGCACUAGAGUUGAGCCGAACGACGGCCCUCGGCCUGCCUUUGCUCGCUACGUGCCAGCUGCAGCCGCCGGAUUCGCAGCCACUGUGGGUGCUGCAUCAAUGGCUUACAGGUUCCGACACCAGCCAGCCGAUGAGCACCAUGCAGAUGUCCGCCGCAGAAGCUUCUCCGACUAUGCACCUCCAGACAUGCACGAGCCGAAGGUCAAGAUGCACUAUCCUCCCCACGCUGCCAGCAAUCUUGAGACUGGCAAUCGAAAAACACCUAUGUAUCGAAAUAGUCAUCUCCGAAAAUCGUCGUCGAGCGAUUCUACAGAAGAAGAAAGACCCCGUGAGCGAAGCAAGAAGAUGCAAUCUCCUCAUGGCCGUCACUUGGAUGAACCCCCGAUGGCCACCGGCCACCGUCCUCACCAUUCUCCUCCCGAUGUUCCUGAAGUGUAUCCAGUCACGCCGGUGCCAAGAACGAGAGGGAGCUCGUCAAGUAGUACGGAUCGGCAACGAGGAGACGAUCGGGCGCCGAGACUAUCUCGUCGCUCGCCGCAUCGCUCUCCACAUCACAUAGAUGAGCUACCGCAGCGGAAGGGCCAGAGCGCUCAUAGAGGCGUCCACGAGAAGGUUGCGCCCAUACCCCCCAGUAAUGUUCUGGGAAGUGGCGGGAGGGGCAAUUUGGAACGCCCGCGGAGCACAUCGCGUCCAAAUGCUUUUGGGGUCGGCCCUCCAGAACCACAAUACACCAAAGAUAAUCCGCAUAGCUUCCGCUUAGGUCGCAGCCCAUCGUUAGAUUCUGAUGAUGAUACAGGUGUACGAGUCCAUGAACGGCGGAGAAGGGAGGUGGAGCGCGAACGUGACCACGGUCGAGACCGAGACCGAGACCGAGACCGAGACCGAGACCGAGACCGAGACCGAGACCGAGACCGAGACCGAGACCGAGACCGAGUUGAGGACAGAGAUUACAAAGGCCGUCACGAUUAUGAUCGUGGUCCGGACCGCAGCCGUGAGCGUGAACGAGAGCGUGACCGAGGUCGAGACAGAGAUAGGGACAGGGACAGGAUCAGAGACAGGGAUCGGGACAGGGAUAAAGAGAAAGAAAUAUCGAGUCGCAGCAGAGACAGGGAUCGCGGUGAAGACCGAGAUAAGGAUGAUGACAGGGGAUAUAGGAGACCGAAGGGCUACCGUGACCGGCUUCUGGACAGUGACCGCAGCGACCGAGACAGAGACCGAGAGCAUCGUCACAGAGACCAGAACUGGGACCGGAGCUGUGAGCGAGACCGAAACCAGUAUCGAUCGCGUCAGGAUCAUAAACGGCCAAGCAGCCACGGUGACAUGGAAAGAGAGCGGCACAGUCGGUGCAGCACCGCCGAUGAUUCCCGGGAGCGAGGCUGGGAUCACGAAAAAGAUCGGCGAAAGAGAGAGGUCCCCAGCACCAAGACCAAGCUCCCCAACAGCAAGACCAGCUUGAAUAGCCUCAGUUCACAUAGCCACGUCAGCAGUGGUAGCAACAAGACGGUCAACCCCCCCAUUAUCAGUGCCGGACUAGGGUCCAGCAGCUUGAAGGGCUCUGGUAAUCGGCGGUAUGGGCCUUGA